CCCCCGCCCCAUUGGAUUUAUAAUUUUAAGCUUUUUAGGUAUAUGUCCUAGGAAAGGGAGGUGUUGGCUGGAUCAAACGAUAAAUCUUUUGUCAGUUUUGAGCUUUCACAGGCAGGCCAUUUAAGGUGGGCAGGUACUCUGGGGACACUGCCUUAAGCUGUUAAAAACCAUGCCGAAAUUUGGUCAAGUCACUUAGUGCAGGGGUUUGAAUGUAGUCCUUCUGAGAGUUUUUGCAGUUCUCAAUAUGCAGGCUGAAUUGUUUAGGGGUGAAGUGCACUGAUAUCUUCAAUUUAUCUUGCAAUGCAUGAAAAAUAAGAUGGAUUGCUGCAUGCAUACAUUAACCACCAUAUGAUAAAGUAAAUAUAACGAAUGUUACUUGUAGAAUCUAGUCUGUCCCCAGUCCCCCAUUAGAAUGUGAGCUCCCGGAGGGCAGGGACUUUUUCGGCCAGGCACAGGGUAAGCACUCAGUAAAUAUUCGUGGAGCGAAUACGUGUAAAGCACUAAGACCAAGGAAGCGCUCAGUAAGCGGAAGCGUUCAUAAGUCUAUUGUUGCGAAAAACCCGCAAAUUCCGGCCUUGGAAGUGAGGCCGAGUGUGCGCGCGCAGACCCGGCCUGGUCGCUCUGGCCGCCUGUCGCCUCGGCUCUGUGGUGGGUCCUCCGGGCCGCAGAGCAUGCGCAGGGCAGCGCCUGCGGGGAUCGCUAUGGCAGCGGCGUCGCGGUGGGUCGGGCCUCUGCGCUGGCGCCCUGGCAGGGCCGCCUCAGCCGCCGCCAGCACCACUUCCCCUCUGGAAUGAGCGGGGCCUCCCUCCGCCUCUCGCUGCGCCCCCCGCCGCUGCCGCCGCAUCCAGACUGUGGGCCCGCUCCAGGAUCAUGCCUCUGACCGCCUACUGCUACCUGCGUGUCGUGGGCAGGGGCAGCUACGGGGAGGUGACGCUCGUGAGGCACCGACGGGACGGCAGGCAGUAUGUCAUCAAAAAGCUGAACCUCCAAAAUGCCUCCAGCCGAGAGCUGCGAGCUGCUGAACAGGAAGCUCAGCUCUUGUCUCAGUUGAAGCAUCCCAAUAUUGUCACCUACAAGGAGUCGUGGGAGGGAGGGGAUGGUCUGCUGUAUAUCGUCAUGGGCUUCUGCGAAGGAGGUGAUCUGUACCGAAAGCUCAAAGAGCAGAAGGGGAGGCUUCUGUCCGAGAGUCAGGUGGUGGAGUGGUUUGUUCAGAUCGCUAUGGCUCUGCAGUAUUUACAUGAAAAACACAUUCUUCACCGAGAUCUAAAAACUCAAAAUGUCUUCCUAACAAGAACAAACAUCAUCAAAGUGGGUGACCUAGGAAUUGCCCGAGUGCUUGAGAACCACUGUGACAUGGCUAGCACCCUCAUUGGCACACCCUACUACAUGAGCCCCGAAUUGUUCUCAAACAAACCCUACAACUAUAAGUCUGAUGUUUGGGCUCUGGGAUGCUGUGUUUAUGAAAUGGCCACCCUGAAGCAUGCUUUCAAUGCAAAAGACAUGAAUUCUUUAGUUUAUCGGAUUAUUGAAGGAAAGCUGCCACCAAUGCCGAAAGAUUACAGCCCAGAGCUGGCAGAAAUAAUAAGAACCAUGCUGAGCAAGAGGCCUGAAGAAAGACCUUCUGUGAGGAGCAUCCUCAGGCAGCCUUACAUAAAGCGCCAAAUAUCCUUGUUUUUGGAGACCACAAAGGCAAAAACUUCCAAAAAUAAUAUUAAAAAUGGUGACUCUAAAUCCAAGCCUGUGGCUACAGUGGUUUCUGGAAAGGCUGAAUUAAGUCAUGAAGCCGUUCCCCCUCAACCACACUCUUCUGAGGGCUCCAAGACAUAUGUAAUGGGUGAAGACAAGUAUUUGUCCCAGGAGAAACCCGUAGUCAUUGGCCCCUUGAAGACACCCACAAGUCUGAAAGGCCACACCUACAAACCAGACAUAAGCAAUACCGCAGAGUCGCUAGCCACGAUCAGUAGGGUGAAUAUUGACAUCUUACCUGCAGAAAGGAGGAACUCAGUGAACAACAGCUUAGUUCAAGAGAAUAAACGAAGACACUUAGAUGCCUCUAAUGAGCUAGAAGGUAAAUGUAUUAUUUCUCAAGUGAAAGAGAGACUGCAGGAUAACACUAAAUCCAGUGCUCAACCUGGAAACCGAAUUCCCACAUGGUCCAUUGACUAUGUCACUGGAGAAAGGAAUGACCCAGUGAAGGCUCUGCAGCCCCUAAACAAAGACCAAAAUUUAUCAAAGGACCAGCAUCAAGUUGCUGCUGAAUGUGUUAUAGAAAAACAGGACAGAAUCCACCCAGCUUUACAACCACACAGCUCUGGGUCUGAACCUUUCCUAUCUCAACAAUGGCGGCAGAAGAAAAGAGAACAUACUGAGCAUAGUGGGGAAAAGAGACAGUUCCAAGAGACUCCUCCUCGUCUUUCACCUUCUCUUUCUACUGUUGGAAAAGUGGAUGCCACAUCAGCACAAAAAGAUGCUGAAAACCAAAGGAGAGUGGUCACUGGGUCUUUGAGCAGUUCGAGGAACAGUGAGAUAUCAUCAUCAAAGGACCGACCAUUAUCAGCAAGAGAAAGGAGGCGACUAAAGCAGUCACAGGAAGAGAUCUUCCCGUCAGGCCCUUCAGUGAGGAGAGUUUCUCUGAGUCCAGCUGGGCCAGGGAAACCACAAGAGGAAGGCCACCCUACCCCUGCUCAAUGGUUGUCUUCUGACCACAGCGUUGCUCAGGAAAGGAAACUCACCCAUUGUCUUUCUGAGGAUGAGUUAAGUUCUUCUGCAAGUUCAACUGAUAAAUUAAAUGGGGAUUCCAAGGAAGAGAAAGGUCAUACAAAUGAAAUGAGUGACUUGGUACAGUUGAUGACACAGACCCUGAAGUUGGACUCUAGAGAGAGCUAUGAAGAUCUCCCGGUACCAGAGCCAGUGUCAGAAUUUAAACUUCAUCGGAAGUAUCAGGACACGCUGAUACUUCAUGGGAAAGUUGCAGAGGGGGCGGAGGAACUCCAUUUUAAAGAGCUACCUUCAGGUGCUAUCGUGCCAGGUUCUGAAAAAAUCAGAAGAAUAGUUGAAGUCUUGAGAGCUGAUGUAAUUCGGGGCCUGGGGAUUCAGCUUUUAGAGCAGGUGUAUGAUAUUUUGGAAGAGGAGGAUGAAUUGGAAAGAGAGGUAUGUUUGCAGGAGCACAUGGGUGAAAAGUAUGUGACUUACAAUGUGAAAGCUCGCCAGUUAAAAUUUUUUGAAGAUAAUGUAAAAUUUUGAGAAUUUACCUAAUCUGCUGCCAGAAUGAAACUAUUUUCAAAGGUUUUUGGCUUAAACAAAAACAAACAAACCUAUAAUAAUGACUGGAGGCCAUUCACCAUCCUUAUUUUUGUUGGGCCUUUUUUUGCUAGAAAAAAAUUGGACAGAGUAAUACGAAGCAAGCUUAUUACAAAAGAAAAAACCUUUGGCUAUCUUACUCUCUUUAUGAGGGAAAAUCUGUUGUACAACGUUUAUUUGGUUACUGUUUACUGAGCCUUAAACCAACUUGAUAUCUAGAACUAUUUUUUUAAGGUACUUAUUAGCUUGAAUACAGGGAUAUAACAUACUGAAUUGGAAGUUUUACAUUAUACUAGAGUGACAAAAGCAAUAGGAGAAAUAAAUGACAUAUAUCCAGUGACACUACUAUUUUUGUUUUUUUUGUGGUACGCGGGCCUCUCACUGUUAUGGCCUCUCCCGUUGUGGAGCACAGGCUCCAGACGCGCAGGCUCAGCGGCCAUGGCUCACGGGCCCAGCCGCUCCACGGCAUGUGGGAUCUUCCCAGACCAGGGCACGAACCCAUGUCUCCAGCAUCGGCAGGCAGACUCUCAACCACUGCGCCACCAGGGAAGCCCCAGUGAUACUACUUUUUACUGUUAAUAACCUUAAGUAGAAAUUGAUAAAUUAU